GAAACUUUCGCUCCAUUAUCUUCGCGGACCAUCGACGCGUCGCAACGGCAACGUCGAGCGAAAGCGAACGAGAGCGCGCGAUCAAAUAUGAGGAGGGUUAUUCUCUUUGUGCUCGUCGUCUCUGUCGCGACUCGCCAGGCCCACGGCAGGGUUUACUACCUGGAGAAUGUAGACGGUCCACGUAACAACGACGCUAUUCUGGAGCAGUCCUCCCGCGAUCUCGACCUCGCCUUUUCCGCGGGGGAACCCCUCGUCGAGAACGAGAACGUCGGAUCUCCGACCAGGAAGGUAUACGCCGUUAUCGCGCCGGAGAAACCGUACAUCGAGUUGAACAGAGAGACGGACCGACCGAUCGCAUACUACAGAUUGGGCGAGUCGGUUGCCAGGAGGAACAGUUACGACGACGUCAUUCUCGUCCCAGAGAGGGGCCGUAAGUCGAUGAAGCUGAACAGCAAUAAUAAGGGUGAAGUGAUCCUGGAGCUUCGCGUCAUCGCCAAUCACGACAGCGCGUGAUCGUCCGGGCCCGCGUCGUUGACGGACUCCCCCUUCGACGAUACGCGAAGCCGAGGAGAAUCACAGGCUGAUCGACAAGUAAUACAGUUAAAUCGCAUUGCUUUUAUUACGUUCAAUUUACAACAAUGAAUACGUUCUAUUAAUACAUAUAGAUACAUCUCGGA